AAAUUCCCCCGUUUUCACAAUGCAUAAAGAUCCCGCCUUAGCUCUCGCUCUGCAACUCAACGUUUAAAAAGAAAAUGGAGAAGAUCUGCGUAGCAGUGAGAGUAAGACCUCCAAUUUGCCAUGAAAAUUCUUCUUCAACUUUCUGGAGAGUCGAUGAUAAUCAAAUCUCUCUUCACAAGCUCCACGGCAGCCCAAUUUCCUGCGUUUCUUACGCUUUCGAUCAUGUCUUCGAUGAGAAUUGCUCGAAUUCAGAUAUUUACGAGCUUCUUACUAAGGAUAUUAUUCAUGCUGCUGUGGACGGCUUUAACGGAACUUCUUUUGCAUACGGGCAAACAAGCAGCGGCAAGACCUUCACUAUGAACGGUUCAUCUAACGAUCCCGGAAUUAUUCAUCGAGCAGUUAACGAUAUAUUUCAGAAAAUAAAUAUUAUCUCUGAUCGAGAGUUUCUCAUCCGAGUUUCCUACAUGGAAAUUUACAAUGAAGAAAUUAACGACCUUUUCGCUGUAGAGAAUCAGAAAUUGCAGAUUCAUGAGAAUUUAGAGCGUGGGAUUUUCGUUGCGGGUCUUAGGGAGGAAAUUGUGAACAAUGCUGAACAAGUGAUGAAGCUCCUGGAGUCUGGAGAAGUUAAUAGGCAUUUUGGUGAGACAAAUAUGAAUGCACGAAGUAGUAGGUCUCAUACAAUAUUCAGAGUGGUGAUAGAAAGCAAGGGAAAGGAUACAGGCUCUUUUGGUGAUUAUUCAAGCAGUGAUGCCAUACGCGUCUCAGUUUUGAAUUUGGUUGAUUUGGCUGGUUCUGAGCGGAUUGCUAAGACUGGAACUGGUGGAGUACGUUUGAAGGAAGGAAAGUAUAUUAACAAGAGCUUAAUGGUUCUUGGUAAUGUAAUUAACAAACUUAGUGAUAGUGCAAAACAAAGGGCACAUAUUCCUUAUCGUGAUAGUAAAUUAACCCGCAUACUCCAGCCUGCUCUAGGAGGGAAUGCGAAAACUUCAAUUAUAUGUACUGUGGCUCCUGAAGAGAUUCAUAUUGAGGAGACGAAGGGAACUCUUCUUUUUGCUAGCAGAGCUAAACGAGUUACUAAUUGUGCUCAAGUGAAUGAGGUUUUGACGGAUGCAGCCCUACUGAAAAGGCAAAAGUUAGAGAUAGAGGAGCUACGCAGGAAGCUUCAGGGAUCUCAUGCUGAGGUGCUGGAGCAAGAGAUAUUAAAGCUGAGGAAUGAUAUGCUUAAGUAUGAAUUAGAGCGUGAAAAGCUUGAAAUGGAACUAGAAAAAGAAAGAAGAUCACAUAAAGAGCGUGAUCGGUACAUUAGAGACCAGCUGAUGAUGAUCGAAAACCUAAGUAGUUUGGUUUCUGAUGGUGAUGGAAGCUCUAGUCAGGGAUCCAUGAAAGAAAGCCCAAUAGAAGAAUGUAAUAAUAGGGGAGAUGGUUUUAAAACACCUUGUUUUAGAGCAGCUCCCAAGGCCUUUGUCGCCAAGAGAUCAAAUUAUUCACAGUUGCCAGACCUCAGUCCUCUUCCAGAUUCUUUUAGCGAUGUAGCUGAUGAAGACACUUGGUUCAAAAUAAACAAGGGUUACAUAGCAGACCUGGAUUCACUUCAAACAACACCUGCAAGAAAAGUUCAAUCCUUUCCACCAGAAGAUGUUACUCCUAAUUAUUUGAAUAAGAAAUACAAAACGGAACUCCAAAAUCUCAAGAGACGGCUAGAACUUGUCACUGAAGAGAAGAACGAACUCCAGAGAAAGCUUGCAGAAGAUAUAGAAGUGAAGGAUAGAUUAAAGGGUGAUAUAUCUAAACUUAAACAAGAAGCAUUACUAGCUAGGGAAAUGCCUCAAAGGUUGUGUGAUUCUGUGACAAGUUUUAAAGAUACAUACGAGGAAGUUUUGUCAAAGAUGCAGAGGUAUACAUUUGAUGGGAAAUCUUCAACUGCAAAACUGCUCCGUUGCAUAUGUGAAAUUGGGUCAAUCCUUUUCUCGACUAUGGAAACUAGUAUCUCCAACACAACGGAUCGUCACAAAUUGUCAUCUGGGAAUGACUCUCUAAUACAAGAAUACAACAAAAUGCUUUCCGAAAAGCUAAAAAGCACAAUUACAUCCUUGAUUCUAUCCGAAACAGCAAGCUCUGAGGAUAAACAAACCAAGACUCCAUGCAGCUGCAACUUUGAGGUAGCUGCCUGGUCAAGAUACCAUGUAUCCAUUUUGGUUUUAUUUUUCGUGAUGAUUUUAGGAUAUUUCGUUUCGUUCUUCAGGACAUUGAUUUUCUGAACUCUUUUUGCUAUAUAUUCUCUACAUUUCAUGGGUUGUGUCAAUAUUGUGUAGUGAGCAAAAAUGGAACUCCAAUAAUUCCUUCGAAGUAGUGUUUGUCCUCUGCAGAAUGAAAAUUUCCAGGAUGACCAAUAUUUUAGAA